AUGAAUGUUUAUCAUUAUGAUGAUAAUUCGAUUGAUAUCGUUCAUCCGAACGAUGGCCAAUCGUCGCGUAAAAAUUCUAAAUGUUUCAAUGAGUUUUGUCAAUUUGUUAAACGACGAAAGAAUCUUGGAAAACAUCAUCAGAUACCACCACCAUGCCAUCAGUUAGCCUGUUCAUUACCAAACGAAUCAAUUAGCAGUCAUAAAAUUUCUAUUGAUAAUCAAUUCUUUGAAUGGGAUGAGAAACAGAAUAAUGCACCAUCGAGACGAUUCAGUGUUCCAGAAAAGGAUUAUGUGAUACUGCGCCAAUCUCGAGAACGUCAGCUGGAGGUUGUUGCUGCAUUUGAUAAACACAUGGAUCCUUACAAACAAUAUAUGCAAUCAUUAUUAUGCUAUGAUUUAGCACCAGUUCAUGGAUCAACUGUGCUAAUUGACGGUGAUUUACCGAUGCGUAAAUCAUUGCAAGCUCUUUAUCAAUCAGGACAUGAAGCAGCUGUGGUAAUUAGUUCAAUUGCACAUAAUCCGAUAGGUAUGAUAACAGUAACCGAUUGUCUUCGUGCUAUCAUCCUAACAUCUAAAAUCGAUACUGAAAUAAGUGAUCGUCCGGUUUGUGAUUUCAUCAGAAUAUAUGGAAAGAAAAAACUUAUCACUGCAACUGUUAAUAUGUCUGUUUGGGAUGCAGCUCGAUUAUUUUGUCUCAAUCAUGUUCAUCGUAUACCAAUCUUUCAAACUGAUGAAAAUGAUUUAUUCACUGAUCUUCUCUAUAUGUUAUCAUUACGACGAAUUUUCUAUGAAACUAUUAUCAAAUUGAUAGAGCCAAGUUUAUCGCUUGCACCACAUUUAAAACAUCGAACAUUGCUUGAUUCCGGUAUUGGUACAUGGACAAAUAUUGCUACGAUUACAAGUAGUGCAUAUUGUGGUGAGGUAAUUGAUAAACUCAUAACAGAAGAAUUAUCAUCUAUUGCUAUAGUUAAUGAGCAUAAUAUAAUGCUCGGAAAAAUCAGCAAAAAUGAUAUUAUGCGUGAGCUUGCAAAUCAUUCCAAUAAUUGUUUGGAAAUUAUCAAUGUACCUGUUAAGAAUGUUUAUCGUGUUCCACCAUUUGCUCGUCCAACUCAUACUGUAUACGAAGGAAUUGCUUUAUUAUUAUCAUCUAAUGAUCAAUGUUUGUUUAUUGUUGAUUGUAAUCAACAUGUUAUGGCUGUUGUUACAUUUACCGAUAUUAUGGAUUAUAUUUUGAAUUCAAGCGAUAUUUAUCAUCAAAUCAAUAUUGGCUAA